GCAAGGGACCGUAAGUUUUUGAACGGCUGUAGCUGGUGGAAUUUUCUUGCUGGAAGGUAACAGGGACGCAUCGUAAUUCAGAGUAACUGCACAUGGACGGGAAGCGCCUUAUAUGGGCACGGAAGUGGGCGUGACGGACGGACUGGGCCGGAUCACAAGACCUCAGUUGAAACAAAAAAUAGGGUCCCUGUGUGAGCAGUUAUCGUGGAAAAGGGCAGCAGAUUACGUGUAAGCAGAGUGUAAUUCGCUGUAUACGUUUAUUGCAACUUAAAGAGUAGUGAUAUGCAUUAAGGGAACAACUUAAUGUGGAUUUUUUAAUUGCUGCUCGGCUUCAAUUGCCUGUUUCCAGUUAUUUCUGCGCAGUAUGUAUUUCUAUUCACUUGAGGGGAAAAUAAUACUGUGAGGUCAGAUCAGCAUGACUCAACCUUUGAGGUGCAUGCAGUCAUUGCCCUUAUGUGCUGCGUGGGUCUUACGGUCGUUUGGAGAAUGCAUUAGGGACUUAAGGAGGAUCAUUGCAUUGAAGGGUGUUACUCAUGAAUGAAAGGCACAAGGGGACCGUCAGACAUCUCAAUCCGGCUCUUCCACCUAGGAAGAGCGGGGGGGUGCGAUCCCGCAUCUGCUGGCCCCCUCCAUUGUGUUUGCUGCUGCCGUGCAGUGCUGCGCUCGGCGGUUGCUGCAUUUUGUCACUGCUGCUAAACAAACACGGACACACACAUAUGCAAACACAUGGACUUGUCGGUGUUCAUUUUUUGACUGGGUUUUGAAGCACCCUGUCCUCUUCCGCCUCAACCUCCCGACAAACUUGGGAUUGCCUAUUGUUAGUAGAUGAUUUAGCCAUGAGCUUGCCACCUCAGCCGAAGGCUAACCCCAAAAGGACAGGGAAGCGCAUCACGUUCUUCAAUGACCAGGGUCUGCCCAAGAAGGAGUCCCAACACCAAGCUGCCGAAGCCUCUUUCUAUGACUUGGAAAAUCCUUCCAUGGAAUCGGUGCACAGUGACGUUCCGGGUCAGACUUCCCAUUCUGAGGGGUCACAUGUGUACAACUCGGUCAUCUUUAGCCCCGAUAAGGGUGAGCAAAGACGAGGACAUUACCAGCAGACUGUUCCAGUAAAAUGGACACAGCCGGACUCAUCUAGGCAGCCGGGUUGGACUCAGGGGGUUCCUGUCAGCUCCUGGAGUCAAAACAUUGCCUCGUAUUUAGGAGGCAUCAACAUGAAUGAAUCGCGCAUGCAGCCUGUUUACUCCAAGUCAAUACUUGAAGAGCCUUUACUGCAGCAGCAGAGGAGAGCACCGGAGAAGCAACUGCCCAACUCCCUCAAUACCUACACGGAUUCUGCCAAACCCCUGGGUGUGGAAUGGGAACAGCAGCAGCAAGCAGUGGUUGCUAUCCAGCAUGUCCCCGUGCAGUCCGUACAGCAGGGCCACAUGACAGUCCUGCCAAGCCAGUCCCUCGCCAUCUCUCGCGCCACGACCAGCUCCGUGCUGCAGCCGUUCCAGGUGGCGUUUGGUCAGCCCAAGCAGCACCUUUCCCACGGCUUUUACCAGGUGUUCCAGGACAAUAGAAUGUUGCCCAACCUGAACUACAGCGGGCAGCCAAAGUUUCAAAAUCAAUUUCAGCAACAGGAGCUGCUGCAGAAUCAGCAGCUACAGCAGCAGCAAAAGCAGCAAGAAAUGCAAGAAGACCAGCAGUUUCUGAGUUAUUUUCCCGGCACGUCUCUGCCCAGCGCACACGCAAACCUACACCCCCCGCAGCAGCCCCCACAAGCUCUAGGCUCCCAUACCGUGGCACACGAACCGGCCUCCCAACUUGCUGCAGAGUGUCUGGAUUCUGAUGUCCAGAAGUUCUCAUGCGAGCUUCAGCAGCUCUCCGAGGAGGCCCAGCCGGUCCCGCGGAGGUCCCGUCGCCUGUCCAAGGAGGGCGCCCCCGCAGCCGUCGCGAUGCCCGGCGAUCGGCCAGCUCACGGGACCCAAAGACCCCUCAGUGGUAAUGCUGAUGGAGUGAAAGUGCCCAAGGAAGAGGAAAGGCAGGCUGCAGCGGUGGGAGUGAUUAAGAGCACGCACAGAAAGAGAAGAGUUUCCCAGGAGGUCAACUUGGAGACUCUGGCUCAGAAGGCAUCAGAGAUGGAGUCCUUGCCUUCACGUAGCAUGACGCAGGAGCAAGAGAAGGUCUGGGACUCCAGCGCGGCCCCACAAGGCCCUGACAGAAGGAUUGCAGAGGACGAGUGGGCAAACGCCAAGCGUUCACGUGAUGAGAGCAUGCCGCCCUUGGUGCUGCCCGUAUCUGUGCCAGUACGUCGAGCCGAUCAGGAGCAAGCAAAAGCGCUAAGCGGCUGGACCCAGCGCCCGCCACACGAACCGGUCCAAUGCGAGCGCAAGCCAUCUGUGAUUGUCACGCGUCGCCGCUCCCUCCGGAGCUCGCUGUCCGAAAGCACUGGCCAGAAUGGUGAAGGGGAAGAAGGGAAAGAUGAUGAUGGAAAGGCAUCCAAGUCGAGACGCCGUCCCCGACCCGAGCCCCUCUUCAUCCCCUCUCCCAAGACCGGCACCUUCAUCGCUCCGCCUGUGUACUCCAACAUCACGCCCUACCAGAGCCACCUACGGUCACCUGUGCGCCUGGCAGACAACCCCAUCACCCUGCCCCCCUACACCCCACCCCCCAUCCUCAGUCCCGUGCGGGAAGGCUCCGGCCUCUACUUCUCCACGUUUAUGUCCUCCGGCGUCGCCAACACUUCUGGCCUGGCCCCUCCCCUCCCGGCGACCCCAAAAUCCGCCUCGCGCAGCCUGCUCCGCUCCAGCAGUUGUGACAUCACACCCCCACUGCUGUGUGCAAUGAACGAGGCCACCCCAGUCAGCAUUGAGCCACGAAUAAACAUUGGAAAUCAGCACCAGGCAGAAGUGCCAGAAUUGCGAGUUCGUGCAGCAGCCCAUCAGGACCAGCAUCGGGCAGAACUCGUGUGGGCGCCCCUGCACGAGCAGGAGUCCACCCACCAUGAGCGAGUGGAUGACCUUAUGCACCUGGCCUGCUCCAGCGUCUUGCCCGGGGGAGGGACAAACCAGGAGCUUGCCCUGCAUUGUCUGUAUGAGUGCAAGGGGGACAUUCUGGAGACCCUCACUCUACUCCUGCUACAGAAGCCCAUGGUCACCAAGACCCACCCACUCUUUAACUAUCACUACUCCGGCUGUGACAGGUGGACGUCAGCAGAGAGGCGGUUAUUCAACAAAGGGAUUGCUACAUACAAGAAGGAUUUUUUCAUGGUGCAGAAGAUAGUCAGCACCAAGACUGUGGCACAGUGUGUGGAGUUUUACUAUACCUAUAAGAAACAGGUGAAAAUCGGCCGCAGUGGGACCCUGGUUUACGGAGACCUGGAGCCCCCUGAGGCUUGGGCUGCGGAGGUGGAGCUGGAUGUCAGGAGCUCACGGCAAUUGGAACCAAUGAAGGAGGAGGAAGGGAAGAACUGGGAGGAGUCAUGUGACAGGAAGCAGGCCUGCAGCCCCACGAGGGUGACGCAGCUACUACAGGUGUCUGAGAAUGAUGGUGCCCUGCUGGUCUACAAGAGCCUGCAGGAAAAGAUGGAGGUGGAACCGUCCCAGAUCCGGUCCCUGACCCCUCGUCCUGUACCCAAAAAACCUACCGCUGACUCUGGGAAGAGCACGGCAGGUGCUGGCAAGGGGCCGGAGGGGGAAUUUCCCUGCAAGAAAUGUGGCAGGGUGUUCUACAAGGUGAAGAGUCGCAGCGCGCACAUGAAGAGCCACGCGGAGCAGGAGAAGAAGGCGGCCGCUCUCCGGCAGAGAGAGGCAGAGCAGCAGGCGGCGGCCAUGGCCGCCGCGGCGACAGCCAGGCAGAACGGCACGAGGGAGCGGGGUGCAGACGGCAGCAGCAGCAGCGACGGGUCCUCUGUGGAAGGAGAAGACGCAGAUGACGAAGACUGGCACUGAGGCUCACCUGAAAGCGACACGCGGGGAAGAUGACGCUCAGCUUGCUGCCCUGCCACCUAGUGGCGGCUCGCCGGCAAAGUCACAGAUCUAAUUCUGUCAUUUUAUUGCUGGAUUUUUGGGACAGACUUGCUGUGUUUUGUGCGCUUGUAAGGAAGAGGGGUUGGGUUUGGGAAUGAGGGUGGAGUUUAAGGGAGAGAGACACUGGGUCACCAUGUUUAUUCUACUGUUCUAUUAGGCUUUUCCGAUGUCAUAUUUUUUACCAUAUUUACUGUAAUGCGUGAGCAAGUAACACACAUAUUUUUGCAGGAUGCAUAAGGCACUGACCCAUACAAGCCCCUCAGCACUUUCAGGCUGAUCCAGCACUGAUAUUCAGAGCAAAAUUUAUAUGUAUCCUGAGCCUUUUAGGAUUGGCACACAUUGUAUGUCAGACUGAUCUUUACUCAUUUUAAUAUAUUGUUGGUAAUAAUAUAUUUAAAUAAAGUUGAUGAAAUGCGAAGUUGACUGAUGUCAGACCAUUAAAGAUGGGGCUUUGGAAUGCAUAUACUCAGCUGGGUCUCGUUUUUUUAAAUAUAAUUUUUAUAUGUAUAUUUUUAAUACAGCCGAAAGCUUGCACAAGCCUGUGUCCAACAAAUUUGGGUUUUUUGCGUUAUUCCGUACUAUUUUUCCGUGCUUUUAUUUUUGAAUCUUAUGCUUUAGAUAUCCGGAAUGCUUUUUACCUUUACAAGACAAUCAAUUUUACAGACUUUUUUUAUAUUCAGAAACUUUAAGUGGAUGCUGUUAUUCCAGUUUUUUGCUAUGUUGUUAUCAUAAUGUUGUAUUUGGUUUUUUUUGGUAAAUAUUAAGUUGUUAGUUCUACCUUGUCAUCUGGUAUAAAGAGCUGUACUCCCGUUAGCUGUGUUGCGUUUUAUCGUUGAAGGUAAUAAUUGCCAUUAAGUGCAAUACAAUGUCUUGGUGAAAAUUGUGCAAUUCUUAAACACUGUGUCUAUUCACCUCAUCCCUUACAGAUGUAUGAUCAACUCUGUUCUGCUGUAAUGCAUGAUAAGGACACAUUUUGAACUGUGCUUUCACUAUGGCCCUUUGGUAUAAUCACACUUCAGGAACGGUGAAGGAUCCUCUGAUGUUAAAAUGGCCAAAGACUGGACCAGUUUGAAAAAAAAAAAGAGAGAAAUAAACAGCCACUCCAAGCCGUCUGCCUGUACUCCACCAGCUGGGGUAC